GAAACCUUUGUUUUUUUGGUUUUUUCUGUGUCCCGGGCCUAUGAGUGUAUUAUGAGUUUUAUUUUUAAAUGAGGUUCAUCACGUUAUAUGAAAAAAAACAAUUAUAGUUUUUCCAUAUUGUAAACUGUUUUCGUUUAACAUGAGUUAGAGUUUUUUUCAUCAUUAUCGUAGACAAGUCUGAGUUACAAAGUUGCGCCGUGUGUCUGUUCGUAAUCUAUUUUUUUACCGGUGAACUCUUCAUCUCCCCAUCUUAAAUCGCUUGAUCUUAAAUGUUCCUGAUUUGUAGCCUUUCUAUAAAACAUACAUAUAUGAUUCUCAUCUUUGAUGAACCCAAUCUGUAUCUCCACAAAACUCAUUGAUUCCUCUUAGCUUUAACGAUCUUCUAGAAAAUGUCUCUCUGCCUCUCCAGUUCCUCAAACCGGCGUUCCCGGCAUGCAUCACUCAACCUUCGAGUCUCUUCGUGUUGGUCGUAGUAGUCAGAGCAUAGCCUCUAACCUCCUCGCUUAUGCGAUUCCCUUAACUUCAAGAAAGACAAUGAGUUUAUGGGAAUCAUGGUUCUCUUCCUUGAUGAAAAGGUAAGUUAAUCUUCAAUUUAUCACUUAUUUAAUAAAAUUGUUUUUAAUUGAUUUCCUGAUUCUUUGUUAAAUAAUAUUAUUUACAGAAUCCGUGAUUCAUGAGUUUAUUCCCGCCGGACGUGCUAAUCAUUACAUGUCAUCUUUGAAAGUCGGCUCCAUUGUGAAAGUCGAUCGUUUUGAGGUUGCUAGGUGCUCAAGCAUGUACAAGAUAAUUGAUAAUUCAUUCUUCAUUCGUUUCAUCUCACCAACUAUUAUUGAUGAAGUCAUCACGGCUGUUCCUAAGAUCAAUCUACAAUCAUAAUUAGACUGUUUGACAAUCUCUAAGUGAUUACAAACACAAACCUAGAACUUCCAGAUAUAUUAUCGUAUUGCAUCUGGAUUUAUAAUAUGUUUUGUUAUCGUAACUGAUAUUUAAACUCGCAGAUAUGGUUGGGAAAAUCCGUUCGGUUUCAAUUCAACUGGUCAAAAUUUUGAUUCUACACAUAUAUAACGUAUAUAUAGCAAUAAUGGUUUUAGAACUUCAUCCUGGUUAAUUCACCGCAUAAUCCGAAAGCGCACGCAUUACAGCUAGCAUAAUUCCAAACAAGAAAAUAAAGAAGAGCUGAGUGACAACUAGGGAAGUUUAUAUAAUAAAAUUUCAUGCUUUCAUUAUUUUAGCUCCACCCAUAUCCCCAUCAUAAUUACCACAUUUCUCCAGUACUGGCAGCGCCUACAUCAUUACUCUCAUUUACUCCUAACCUUUUCAGUAAUUUGUUUGUAUCUUGUCCCCCUAAUAUCUUUCAUUUGGGUCGCUAUUUUUUAUACAAACACUUGAAUUUCGAAAAAAGUAUAAUUACAAGAAAAAUAUAUUCAUGUUUUAUAUUCAUCCAAUUAUAAUUUUCACCGUUUAGAACUAUUUUUGUUAUUUCACUAAAAUAUAAAAAAAAAUGAAAUGUAACAUUUUCGGUAUAUUAGCUUUAAAAGAUCAUUAACAGAACACAAGGAAAAAAAGUUAAUAAUUAGGUUGAAGAAUGACAAAUUUCCAAGCGAUGGUUUUUAUUUAGUGAAUGGCCUAAAUUAUAAAAGGCCCAAAGCUUUCCCCUGACCCUAUUCUUCCGGUAACCAGAGCCUGGAACCGUAUUUUUGGUCAGAGGGGCGUUUCUCGACCCAAAAAUAGGUAAGACGUGUCAUUACAGGCUGAGAUAUCGUGCUCAGGUACAAAACUAACGGCUUAGAUCCGUUUUUUGUCAAACGAUAUUAAGGGCCAAAAUUUCCUUCCGUUUUCUAGACAUUUUGAAAAACACAAUUCAUAGGCACCCAUUUCAGAGAGCCUCUUUGUCCUCUUCUUCGUCUAUACGUAAAUUCAUCAGCUAGAUAUAUUUGAAAAUGGCGGAUGGUGAAGAUAUUCAGCCCCUCGUUUGCGAUAACGGGACCGGAAUGGUCAAGGCCGGUUUUGCUGGUGAUGAUGCUCCAAGAGCUGUAUUCCCAAGUAUCGUUGGCCGUCCACGUCACACGGGAGUGAUGGUUGGAAUGGGACAAAAGGAUGCUUACGUUGGAGACGAGGCUCAGUCCAAACGUGGUAUCUUAACUCUCAAAUAUCCAAUCGAGCAUGGUAUUGUCAACAACUGGGAUGACAUGGAGAAGAUUUGGCAUCACACUUUCUACAAUGAGCUCCGUGUCGCUCCUGAAGAACACCCGGUUCUGCUUACCGAAGCCCCGCUUAAUCCAAAAGCAAAUCGUGAGAAGAUGACUCAGAUCAUGUUUGAGACGUUCAACGCUCCUGCUAUGUAUGUUGCGAUUCAAGCCGUUCUAUCCCUCUAUGCCAGUGGCCGUACUACUGGUAUUGUUUUGGACUCUGGAGAUGGUGUGAGCCACACGGUUCCAAUCUACGAGGGUUAUGCUCUGCCACAUGCAAUCCUGCGUCUGGACCUUGCGGGUCGUGAUCUGACUGACUACCUCAUGAAAAUUCUGACAGAGCGUGGUUACUCCUUCACCACAACUGCUGAGCGUGAAAUCGUUAGAGACAUGAAGGAGAAGCUCUCUUACAUUGCCUUGGACUACGAGCAAGAGCUCGAGACUUCCAACACCAGUUCCUCGGUCGAGAAGAGCUUUGAGCUGCCAGACGGUCAAGUGAUAACCAUUGGGGCAGAGCGUUUCCGGUGCCCUGAAGUCCUGUUCCAGCCAUCGAUGAUCGGAAUGGAAAAUCCGGGAAUCCAUGAAACUACUUACAACUCAAUCAUGAAAUGUGAUGUGGAUAUCAGGAAGGAUCUUUACGGUAACAUUGUGCUUAGUGGUGGAACCACAAUGUUCGGUGGGAUUGGUGAUAGGAUGAGUAAAGAGAUCACUGCCUUGGCUCCGAGUAGUAUGAAGAUCAAAGUGGUGGCUCCACCUGAAAGGAAGUACAGUGUCUGGAUUGGUGGCUCUAUCUUGGCUUCCCUCAGCACUUUCCAGCAGAUGUGGAUUGCCAAGGCUGAGUAUGACGAAUCUGGACCGUCCAUUGUCCACAGAAAGUGCUUCUGAUCACAGCCACCAAGUGAUACAAAUGCGAUAAAAAGUUUGAUAGCAUUCUUUUCAUGCUGAAGCCAGUUGUCAUCAUUCCUAACCUCUGAGUUUUUGUUAUUCUUCUUCCUCAUUGUUUAUUACUAUAUAAUCUUGCUUUUGAAGUAAAUAAAGUCAAAAACAGAUCAUCCAUUCACAGAGUGUUUAUUAUUAUUUAUAUUGUAUACAUAUUGGUAUACACACAUUAUCAUCUUCUCAGUUUUCUCU